AUGUCCUACGGACAAAGUCCUUUCGCUUCCAAUUUAACACAACCGCGGGGGAAAUUACAAAUACAAAACUGGAAAAGGGUCUUGUGGGUUUCAGGGUAUUUUGGUCUGGAGUGGUUACCCAGUGGAGCCUGGGGCCUGCUGGUGACUAAAGUACCUCGUUUCCAUGCUAUAGGCUCGCCGUUUGUUACACACGCUAUCAGCUAUUUCUUUUCAGGCUCAGGUUCCAGAAACGCCUAUUCGGAGAAGGCAAAAUUGGAUUACAUGACUGGGAUAACAUCAGAGAUACUACUGACGAAGAAACCACGCGUGGGCCACCCAGAGGAACCCGUCGGUCUUUACCCUUAUGACUCAUAUGAUGGAGUCAUUGAUGAAGAUGAAGACUAUGAGGAUGAUAGGAAAGAGGAUAAUGAGGGGAAUAAUAUAGCCAGCGAGGAACAAGAAGGAGAGGACAAUGGCAGCGGUGGCGACGGUAAUGGUGAUAGUGUCGUCCAGUCUCAGGUGGCACUGUACAUGUGA